CCUUUGUCCAGCUCGCCGACGCAUCCAUGGAUCCACCCGGCCUCAGGGCGUUGCUCUGCCCUGCGCCCCCCGGCGACGACGACGGCGGCGACGGCGGCGGCGGCGGCUCUGCGGCUGUCUUCCAUCCAGUCAUCCCCCCCUUCACAGGCAGGCAGGCAGCCGACUGACCAGACCGUGUGUACAAUAAAACACCCCGUCUCAGCCAUCGCUCGCCUAUCUCGCUCUCCUCCUCCUCCUCCUCCUCCUCCUCCCCCCCUUCCACACACCUCUGGUCCUGUCGUUUCUUCUCUUACCGUCGGCCCUCCCUCGAAAACCGCGCCUCGUCUCUUUGUCUCUCGCUAAAUCAGUUGCAUCGUUCUCGUUCGAUCCGAGUCCCGAUUCCCUUCUGCGCCCGCUCGCUCGCUCAAAAGGGCACCGCUUCAGCCUCUCUGAAUCCACGUCCCGAUACUCUUUCGAUACCUUGUUGCGUCUCGUCCCCUCAGCAAACAUGAUGUCCAAGGCCUUUUCCGUGGCCACGGUGGCCCUCGCCGCCUCUUCUCUCGUCUCCGCCCAGACGUUUACCACCUGCAACCCGUUGAAGAAGACCUGCCCUGCCGACCCUGCUUUCGGAGGCACGACGAGCUGCGACUUCACCAAGGGUGCAUGCAACAGCUUCUCCAUGGCCGAUGGCACCGACAUCAAGUACAACGGCCAGGGCGCCGUCUUCACCAUCACCAAGGAUGCCGACGCCCCCACCAUCCACACUGGCAAGUACAUCUUCUUCGGCGAGGUCGAAGUCAAGGUUCAGGCCGCCCCCGGCAGGGGCAUCGUCACCAGCGCUGUUCUCCAGUCCGAUGAUCUCGAUGAGAUCGAUUGGGAGUGGGUUGGCGGCGACAACACUCAGGUCCAGACCAACUACUUCAGCAAGGGAGACACCACCUCCUACGACCGUGGUGCCUUCCACGGCGUCGGCAACCCCACCGGCCAGGUUCACACUUACAGCGUCAAGUGGACGUCUCAGGGUGUUUGGUGGUCCAUCGACGGCCAGCAGGUCCGUGAGUUGACGGCCGCCAACGCCAAGGGUGGUGCCGCUUCUCUCCCCCAGACGCCCAUGCAGAUCAAGCUCGGAACCUGGGUCGCCGGCCGCAAGGGUGCUCCGGACGGCACCGUCCAGUGGGCUGGCGGUCUGGCCGACUACUCCAAGGCUCCCUUCAACGCCUACUACCAGAGCGUCAAGAUCGUCGACUACGCCGGCAAGGACUCCCCCGCCAACGGCGGCGUCAAGGAGUACGUGUACAACGACAACACUGGCAACUGGAAGAGCAUCAAGGUUGUCGGUGGCAGCGGCAACGACGACACCACCACCACCACGAGCGCUGCCAGCAGCACCGCCAAGCCCACCAAGACGACUUCCAAGACCACCGAGGCCUCGUCGACUGAGACUGAGACCGCGUCCAGCGCCGCCAGCAAGACCACCAGCGCCGAGUCCAAGACGACCCUGACCACGGCCGUCUCCUCGACCUCCAAGACCGGGUCAGGCUCCGGCAACGCCACCGCCACCGUCUCGACUCCCGCCGGCGGCUCCUCCAACACGGCGCCCGCCGCCACCGGCUCCGCCACGCCCUCGUCGGUCCCCAAGUCGGGCGCUGAGCGCGGCGUCGCCGCCAUCGGCAGCGUGAUGCUCGCCGGCGCCGGUGUCCUGGUCGCCCAGCUCCUGCUGUAAGGUAGUCCGUUUUGCGACGCGCGAGCGCGGAGCUGCGGCGGCCUUGCCCCUCGAGUCUUCUCUUCUGGAUGUACCUUUUUUUUUUCUAGCAUGGUCACGAACGCGAAGCAUGUAGUAUGAGAAAGGGGGGAAGCCUACGCGAACGCUACUACUAUACUGCACGCCAGCGGAGCAGGGGCCAUCCUAUAAUAUUAUAACACCUUACGAGUCGAUUCCUAUUGCUCUAUGCAGAGAACAUACCCCGCCCGCCGCCCGGACGGAGAGACAUGCACAGUGGCACCGAGGACGGCUCUAAACACACAAACGACAACCACCACCCGGUCGGUCGGACACGCGCGGCCGGUUCUCUCCACCGAUCCGUUCUUGUCCGCCGCGGUGGGGGGUUUGGUUGCUUUUCUAAUACGAUGGAUGACGGCAGGUAUGGCGGGCACGCCGAAAUGAGGUGUUGCGGUGGAUUUUUCUCGUCUUUUUUUGCUGCUGUUUGCUGCGCGUUUAUGCCCCGGACAUCUUGCGAGGGGAUCGGAUACCUGAGUUGCGGGUCGUGUGUGUCGAUGCAUUUUCACGGGCAUUAGAUUACCCCCAGAGUUUAGACAUGAACAACUUACCUACCUACGCAAAAGAGGAUAUAUUUGCC